AUGCAUGGGAGCAAUAUUUUAGACGGUAAAGAAAAUGAUAUUUUACAGUACACUACAAAGAGGCGAUCUGAUCCCCAGAACAUUAAUGCAAUUUGGAGGUUUUUAGACAAUGAUCUUCAUAGCAAACUAUGUCCAGGAAAAAGAGACUACUGCAAGAGAAACAAGGUGAUAAAACAAAAGCGAUAUCUAUGUAACACAAUGCGUAAUUUGCAUAAAGAGUUUUCUAUUCGUUAUCCUAAUAUAACAGUUAGUUACUCAUUUUGGUGUAAGAAUCGACCAUUUUGGAUUGUUCCACGAAAAGUAACAUCUCGCGACACGUGUGGAUGCACAUGUUGCUUUAAUAUGGCUUUAUUAGUUCAAGCUUUGAAUAGGAUGAAAGUCCUUACAGAAGGUAAUGUUUCCGAGGUCACCAGAACAUUUUGUUGUGCACAAAAAACUGAAAAAUGUUUACUUCGCGAAUGCCUAAAAUGCAAAGAUAAUACGAUUUCUUAUAAACCAUAUCAAAGCACUGAAGUCGGACAUUUUUUCAAAUGGACUACGAGAAAAGAGUCUUAUUUUGAUAAGUACCAGAAGCAAAAGAGUAUUACUAAAACCAUCAAGCAAAAGCUUAUCAUGCCUUUGAACGAAAUGAUUUUUGAGUUUGAAGGAUCAAUCAUAAACUUCUUGAAACAUAAAGGUAGAUCUCUGCAUCAGUAUAACCAAAUUUCUAAGAAAAAGGAAAGUUUGAUGCCGAAUGAAGUCAUGAUCCACGUGGAUUUUAGCGAGAACUAUUCAUUAAAACAUGCGGAGGAAACUCAAGCAUUUCACUUUGGUGGUUCGCGCCAACAGAUUUGCCUCCAUACUGUAGUUAUCUAUUUCAAGUCCAAUGGCAUUGUUCACACGAAGUCAUUUUGCAUACUGUCCCAGAGUCUGAAGCAUGAUAUAUCAGCAAUCUGGGCACACCUUCAAUCGAUCUUGUCAUACAUUUCAGAAGUUCAUGUUGCAGAUACACUUAUCUUUGUCAGCGACAGCCCUGCCACGCAGUAUCGGAAUAAAACUAUGUUUUAUUUCCUGGCGAAUAAACUCCACCAUUUAUAUCCAAAAAUCAAGGAGUGCUCUUGGAAUUAUUGGGAGUCUGGACACGGCAAGGGUGCUCCAGAUGGUGUUGGUGGAGUCACAAAGCGAACCGCUGAUAGGCUUGUGGCUGAAGGAAAAGAUAUAAGUUCAUAUGAAAUCCUUCUUAAUAGUCUGCAGAAUAAUAUCAAAAACAUAACCUACUUUUCAAUUGACGAUGCAGAUAUAAAUAAAAUCAGUGAUUUAAUCAAGAAGGACAGCAUAAAGCCUUUUGUCGGCACAAUGCAGGUGCAUCAAGUCAAAGUUGAGGAUUACACUGCAGGACUGUUAAGAUUUUUCAGGUUGAGCUUAUUUGAUGUUCAAAGUACGAGUUAUUUUUGUGGAAUCUUAGAUUACUCUGAUGAAGACAAUGGAUACACCCAGAUAGAGCCAGAAGUUAGCAGCGACUCUGAUGAUGAUUUGCCCUUAAGUAACCUUGUUUGUCAUAAAAAGAAGAUGCAAAGAAUUCAUUACAAUGACGUCUACUCUGAUGAUGAAGCUGGCCCAAGCUCAAAAAUAUAUCAACAAGAUUUAGUGCCAAGUAACAUUAUAAAAGAUACUUAUGUGCUUGUUGAGUGUAAAACAAAACUAACAGGUUAUCGUUAUGCAGCAGUUGUCCAAAACGUACUUGAUGAUGACGAAGUUUUGGUGAUGUUUUUGAAGGUGUGCAAGUUCCAGAAUAUGCAAGCAUUUAGAGCUAAUGAUAAUGAUACGUCCUUUGUCGGUUAUGAUCAGAUACUUGCGAUUCUACCACCACCGAAUAUUUUUGUCAAAGGAAAUAAAACAUAUUAUAAAUUCCAUAACGAUGUGGACGUGUUCGAAAAGGUUUGA